AUGAUGUCAAGGAACGUCUUGCGCCAGUCCGGCCGCAUUGCCGGUGCCAUUACAGCAUCAGGGAGAAUAGCUGCCUCCCGUGCCGUCACCCCUGCGCCAUUCAAUGCCGCCUCCAAACAGAUCCGAUCGUACGCUGCCGACGCCAAAGCUUCCCCUACCGAAGUCUCCUCGAUCUUGGAACAGAGAAUCCGUGGUGUACAAGAGGAGGCAGGUCUUGCUGAAACCGGCCGUGUUUUGUCCGUCGGUGACGGUAUCGCCCGUGUCCAUGGCAUGAGCAAUGUCCAGGCCGAGGAAUUGGUCGAAUUCGCCUCCGGUGUCAAGGGAAUGUGCAUGAACUUGGAAGCUGGUCAAGUCGGUGUUGUGCUUUUCGGUUCCGAUCGUCUCGUCAGAGAAGGAGAAACUGUCAAGCGUACAGGCCAGAUUGUCGACGUGCCGGUCGGCGAGGCCCUUCUUGGCCGUGUCGUUGAUGCCCUCGGUAACCCAAUCGAUGGCAAGGGCCCAGUCAAGACCACCGAGCGAUUCCGAGCUCAAUUGAAGGCUCCUGGUAUCCUUCCUCGACGAUCCGUCAACCAGCCAGUCCAGACUGGUCUCAAGUCUGUCGACGCCAUGGUGCCGAUUGGUCGAGGUCAGCGUGAGCUGAUUAUUGGCGAUCGUCAAACUGGUAAGACUGCCGUCGCUCUUGAUGCCAUGUUGAACCAAAAGAGAUGGAACAACGGCAACGACGAAACCAAGAAGCUCUACUGUGUCUACGUGGCAAUUGGUCAGAAGCGAUCAACUGUCGCUCAGCUUGUCAAGACUUUGGAAGAGAACGACGCUAUGAAAUACACCAUCGUCGUCGCUGCCACUGCUUCCGAAGCCGCUCCCCUGCAAUAUAUCGCUCCUUUCGCCGGUACUGCCAUGGGUGAGUGGUUCAGAGACAACGGAAAGCAUGCUCUCAUCAUCUACGACGACUUGACCAAGCAGGCCGUGGCUUACCGACAAAUGUCUCUCUUGCUCCGUCGUCCUCCUGGGCGUGAGGCUUACCCCGGUGAUGUCUUCUACCUCCACUCUCGACUUUUGGAACGUGCCGCCAAGAUGAGCGACAAGCACGGUGGCGGUUCUUUGACUGCUCUUCCCAUCAUCGAGACCCAGGGUGGUGAUGUAUCUGCUUAUAUCCCAACCAACGUCAUUUCCAUUACCGACGGCCAGAUCUUCUUGGAAGGUGAAUUGUUCUACAAGGGUGUCCGUCCUGCCAUCAACGUCGGUCUUUCCGUCUCUCGUGUCGGUUCUGCCGCUCAACUUAAGGCCAUGAAGCAAGUCGCUGGUUCCUUGAAGCUUUUCUUGGCUCAAUACCGAGAAGUCGCUGCUUUCGCGCAGUUCGGUUCCGAUCUCGAUGCCGCCACCAAGCAAACCCUCAGCCGUGGUGAGCGUCUGACGGAACUUCUCAAGCAGAAGCAAUAUAGCCCCAUGGCUGUCAACGAGAUGGUUCCUCUUAUCUACGCUGGUGUCAACGGUCACUUGGACAGUGUUCCAGUCGGCAAGAUCCUGCAAUGGGAAGCUGACUUCCUCGCACACUUGAGAACUGAUCAAGCGGACCUCCUUCAAACUAUCGACAAGGAGGGUGCAUUGAGCAAGGACCUUGAGGGACGGCUGAAGGAGGUUGUCCAGAGCUUCACCAAGAGCUUCACCUCAUAG